CCGACACCAACACCCACCGCACAAUGUCGCAGGACACCGCCGCGACCAUCAUACCCUCGCUGGAGGCGUUCGCCGCCCUCCUCUCGACGCGGGAGCACAAGCUCGCGCGCGGCGGCGACGCCGAGCUGGCCGCGCACGCCCUCGCCGCCGCCAAGCACAUCUGUGACCUCGGCAUCGCGACGGAGGCGCGCUCGCACCCGCACAUCCACCCGUUCAUCGCGUCCAUCGACACGGGGAUCACGCUGCGCUCGGCCCAGCCGCCUGCGGAAAAGCCCGCGCCGGAGGACGUGUUGCCGUACACGCCUCUCAGCGAGCUCACUGUGGACGGCAUGGAGCACGAGCAGGUGUGGGCGCAGAUGGAGUUGCGGGCCGACGGGAUGUGUCGGAUCAUUCGCGAGGUCGCUGCGCCUGAGACGGAGGAGGAGAGCGUCAUGGGGUGGGAGGAGGACGAGGACGAGGACGACAGCACCGAGGAGAUGACGAUCGAGGAGUGGGAGAAGAUGAUGGCGGAGGGGGGGUAUGAGGAGGGCAUGUCGGAGAGCGAGGGGGACAGUGAGGACGGAAGUGAGGGGAGUGAGGGGAGUGAGGACGAGGAGUUGGGCAGCGACGAGGACGUCGAGAUGGGCUCCGGCUCUGACGAGGAGGUGUCGUUGGACGGCGAGGCGGAGGUUGACGGCGACGAUGACGACGUCUCCGACGACGAUGCCCAAGAGGACGACGGCUACGCCCCCGGUCCGUCCAAACCACGCGCCCAACACCCGACGCUCGACGACACAUUCUUCUCGAUCGACGAGUUCAACCGCCAAACCGAGGAGAUGGAGGCCGGGCGGGUGACGUCUGGCGCGCUCGGCGGCGACGAGGACGAGGAUGCUGAGCUCGACGACAUGGGCGCCAUGUUCCUCGAGGAGGGCGAGGAAGACGACGCGCCGCUCAUGUACUCGGACUUCUUCGCGCCGCCGCCGCGGCCCGCGCCCAAGGACGAGAAGGGCGGUAAGGGCAAGGGCAAGGCAAAGGACGACGGGAAGAAGAAGAGCAAGCGGAAGGUCGCGUUCGCCGACGAAGACGAGGACGAGGAGGAGCCAGAAGAUGAGGAGGACCCGUCGCGCGGGAUCAUGAACCGCCUCAAGGCGGAUCUCUUCGAUGACAGCGAGGACGAGGGCGAUGCGCAGCGGGUCCUGUCGACGCACGAGCGGCGACAGCGCGAGCUGGCGGAGCAAAUUGCGCAGCUCGAGUCGGAGGCGAUCGGGCCGAAGGAGUGGACGCUGCUCGGCGAGGCGUCUUCGCGUGCGCGUCCCGAAAACUCGCUGUUGGAAGAGGACCUGGACUUUGAGCACGUCGCCAAAAUCGUGCCGACUGUGACGGAGGAGAGCGUGGCGAACCUGGAGGAGCUGAUCAAGAAGCGGAUUCUCGACAACAACUUCGACAGCGUGGUGCGCGUGCGCGCGUACGACCCCACCCCGUUCCUCCCGUCCCGCUUCUUCGAGCUCGACGACAAGCAGAGCGCGCGCUCGCUCGCCCAGAUCUACGAGGACGAGUACACGGCCGCCGCGUCGGGCGGGGCAGCGGACGCGCGCGACACCAAGCUCGCGGCGCAGCACGAGGAGAUUGAGGCGCUGUGGAACGACAUCUGCUACAAACUCGACGCGUUAUCGAGCCUCACGUUCGUCCCGAAGGCGCCGAAGGCGGCGAUCCGCACCGUCGAGAACAUCGCGACGACGAGCAUGGAGAGCGCGCUCCCGUCCACCCAGGGCGCGGGGAGCAUGCUCGCGCCCCAGGAGAUGUUUGCCGCCAAGGCUGCCGAGCUUGUCGCGCGCGACGAGCAGACGCCGGAGGAGGCCAAGGCUGCCCGCGCAAAGGCGCGCCGCGGCAAGAAGGCACAGCGCGCCAAGCUCGCCGGCGCAGAGGCACUGUACUCCAAGAAGAGGAAGACUGUGCGCGAGCAGAAGGACGAGGCGCUUCGCGGACUCGUCAAGUCUGGCAAGGGAGUUACCGUGCUUGGCAAGGGGGGGAAGGAGGAGGCCAAGCGCCGCAAGCGCGAAGAGGCGGGACCCGAUGCCAAGCGCCUCAAGCUUUAGGCGGCUGGACCAUAUGUCGUUGUCGCACUCUUACUGUAAGCAUAUGCAUUUGUGCCACCGUG